GUCUAGGCCUAGUUGUCGUGAUUUUGUUGUUUGCAUCACAUCUUUCAUAAAAUAUAAAAAUAAUUUAAAACAUCUCUUUGUGUAAAGUCGUGGCUUAACACAUACUUUGCUUUAUAUUUUUUUCUGCGAUUUUCACAUUUACAUCGUUUUAAUCAGUUUCUGAAGUCAGCACACGCGCUUUCCUGACCCGUGCACGCCGCACGCGAGCACAACGUACGAACACACCUGGUUGUAAUUAAUUUUACGAUCAUUAAUAACUUAAUAGCAUGUUUUUUUCCACCCAAAAACUACGAUUUAAACCAAGGGAAAGGGAAAGAAAUGGCGUCCCGGGUGAAAUAUACAAGAUUGAUGUUAAUAUUCGUGGUUUUGCUGUCUGUGUGCGGCGUUUUCGUCGCUGGAAAAAGUGAUGUAGACACACAGGAAAGAGUUGAUAUAAAAUGCGAGGAAGUAGAAGUGAGAAUAACAGUGAAGAGAGAGUUUUUUGAGGAGAGGCGUGUUCCGUUCAAACCUGAGUAUCUUGGACUUGGAGCCAGCUCGUCGCGGCAGAGGUCGUGUGGCGUGAAGAGGACGGUGUCCGGGUCUGAGAUGGUCCUCUCUGCAGGGCUGCAGGACUGUGGCACCGAGUCCAGGGUUCAUGGUGAUUGGCUUGUAUAUUCCAACCAACUGGUGCUGUUUCCUGUUGUAGUUCCCACCUCCACAGGAAGUGUCAUUGUUAGAGCACCAGCUACUGUCAUACCUGUUGAGUGCCAUUAUAAAAGAAAGCAGACAGUGAAUGGAGGACCAUUAACCCCAACUUGGCAACCUAUGACAUCCACCAUCAGUGUUUUUGGUCUUCUGCACUUUUCCCUUCACAUGAUGGCAGAUGACUGUACCUCUCCACGUAGUUCCUUAGUGUAUCAGCAGGGGGAGGCAGUGUUUCUGGAAGCCAGUGUGGAGGCCCCGCUUCACCCUCCUCUUCUUCUAUAUGUCGACUCCUGCGUUGCUACGCUGAAGUCUGACCCCCUCUCCACUCCGAGUUACAAGUUUAUCACCAAGCAUGGAUGUCUUAUGGACAGUGUAUUGCCGGGGUCCGCAUCUAAAUUCCUCCCCAGGGAGCAAGAUGACAAACUGUGCUUCAGUGUUCAAGCCUUCCACUUCAACCAGGCGUCUGGAGAACAGAUGUUUAUCAGCUGCCACAUCAGGGCCACUCUGAAGAAAAACUCACAAAGCCACCUUGAUAAAGCCUGCUUCUUCCACAGGCCCACAUUCAGCUGGCGUGCCACAGAGGGAGACGAUGCUCUGUGUGGAUGCUGCAGCUCUGACGACUGCUUUAGACAGACUGGAGAGGAGAACACUGGACACACAACUCAAACACACACAGAAGAGAAGCAUGAAGCGGACACAUCAGUUGGGCCACUUCACAUUCUGCCACGCUCCCAUUGGUCAGGCCGUCUGUCACUCAAUCACUAGAGAGCCUUUACAAUACAUGGGUACAGGGACUGUCCAGACCAACACAAGGAGUUAUGAGACAAUAAAGA